AUGAACAAUCGGAAGGGUCUGACAGCGUCAGUAUCCUCAUUGGCGUCAUCCAGUGCCUCGUCAAUCAAUGGGAGUACGAAUCAAAAGCUAAUUGAUUUUUCUAUUGACGAUGUGUUUGCUCGCUAUACUGUUCCCCAAGUUCAGAAGCUACAGAGUAAAUACUAUCUGGAUAUAGCCACGGCGAAAGAUGAACUACAUCUGUUGGUUGGCGGUAAAUACAGAGACCUCGUUCGAAUUGCCGAGGAAAUUGACAGCAUGAGUGAUACAGCACACAAGAUCGAUGAUUCGCUCACAGAUAUGUCAUUCAGAUCGUCCAGCUAUGUUGCAUUUGGAAACAACAACUUUUCAAAAUUCAACUCAUCUAUGCGUAAGGAGAAGGUGGCGCUUGCUCGCCAUCAGUCGAAAAACACUAUCCUUAAUAACAUCAUAAACAACGAGCUCAUUAGUUACGACUUGAAGUUGCAAACAGGCUCUCUCAAGAAUACCAAAACUUUGGUACAUCUCGCAAAGAUAUAUUAUACAAUCGAAAAACUCUUCAGUGACAGACUUCGGUCGAAUGUUCACGGUGUCAGUCGUUAUUAUAUGCUUAAAGGCAACUUUCUCGCACAUCUUGAGAAAAAGAUAGCUACGUACACAUUCUUUGAUGACUCUAUGUCAAGUAAUUCCAACCUGUUAGAUGUGAAUGGACUAAUACAGAAUUCUGAAACGAAACAGUGGCUCGAAAGCGACUCUCUUGACUUCGACGGAGAAUUUUAUAAUGAUGAUGACUUUAACUCCUCCGAGAAUGACUCGACGGAAAGUGACUCUUUGGGCGCAUCUAUCAAGCCAAUAGUGAACUACCUUUUAGCAUACCUCAUAGCCAGAUCUGAGGAGGAUAAGCCGAUGUCGAUUAAAGCAAAAGUGAUCGACCUCAAAUUGGCAUACUUGCAUACACUUAUAAAAGAGUCCUUGAAACAUCCUCGCGCAUCAAAUAUUAGCUUCUAUAAAAUUCUUCGAUUUAUUGAAGCCACUGCCAUAUGUAUCAAUGACUAUAUUACUCAUGACGGGGAGCUUUUGACACGUCUUGCACAGAUCAAAUCCUGGAAAGCUUCGCAGCUCAUAGGCUUUCAUAAUUGGUUUGAGGUGGAUGAAAUACAUUUUGAGAGUCCAAUAGAUACAGCGGCUGAUUCAGAAGUUUUGCUUAAUGACUACUACCGAAAUUGCCGUCAUUGUCUACAAUCGUUUGCAAGUGAACUUUACAAGUGUAGCGCUCGCUCUGAUGAUGUUGCAGACACUAUAACUAUUGUCCUUUCCGUUCUUUUUAACUUCUUUGCGGGAGCUACAAAAGUCAAAGAUUUAGCAAGAUUUGAGGAGAGGAGCUGUUACAUUAUUGGUGGUAUAUUCACUAAGAAUCUUCUCACUUCAUUCGUCAGCAGUGCCAUCUCAACAAUCAAACAGGUUUCAGAAAUACAUUCGCAAAAUCUCACUCAAUGCAUAAUUGCAGAAGUGAUCAGCUCGUUGAAUGCCGAUCUGACGGAAACAAACCACGAUGAUGAAUAUUUCUCUUCUGAUCUCAUUGGGUUCAUGGAUAAAGAUAUCGAAAAGUACUUGAAGAGGGUGCUGCAACUUGGGUCCUUUAAAGCAAUAGGAAAGAAUGCCUUAGAUGACAGUCUCAAAAUGUGGCUCGUGUUGACAGAAAAAUUAAUUGAUGAAACCAAUAUAUCAAGCGAUAAUAUGGUUCGCAAAAUAAACAGCCAACUAGAGAAAGCUAGUCACGUUGCUGUGUUUGGAUUUCAACGUAAGGAAUUCGCAGACCAGAUACAGAUGUUUAGGAGUAGCAUUGAAGAGAAUACUGUGAAGCAACUCGAGGAUUUCAUCGCAGAGCUCUUUAAAAUGGUCCAAGCACAAAAGAGAGCGAACAAGGACCUCAAUUUGGGUGUCCUUGGUCUCAUGCUUGAAGUCAAGGUGUUCGUUAACAAAUAUCCCGAAAACGAGAGCCUUCGUGUGGUUGAUGCAAAAGUUGGUGAAGUUGUUGCCAAACUUUACGAUAAUUUAUUAGAUUGCACCUUCCAUCUGAAGCUUGACAGCAUAGCUCUUCGCUCCCAACUCACCGAGGCUAUAUCGAAUUCCAGCGGGGAAAAUCCUACUGAGAGACCACAAAGGGCUCAACUUGCGGUGCAUUCUGUGCUUUUUGGUGUCGUCGAGGAACUUCUUGACCUGGAUCGCUUUGAACAGCAAUAUGUCCUCUCGUACUUCACUCAUAAAGCCGUUUCGGAAUUAUUCAGAGAGCGGAAAGAGAAAUAUUUAUUGACAAUCAUCGAAGAAGCACUUCAGCAUUACUGCGAUCUGUCUGAUAAGGAGAAUCUGAAUGGUGAAAAUGGAACCGCUUCUUCAAAAAACGAGACGAAUAAUACUGACGAAUCUUCACUGAAUAAAUCUAGUACGUUGGAAGCGGAGCUUGUCUUUGCUAACAUUUUGUUUGUUUACAGCUUCACAAAAAGUUCGGCCAUAGAGAACGAUGAUUUCCUCAAGACAUGCUUGUGCAAAAUUCUAGACGCAACGCAAGUAGAGGACUCAACCAUCGAACUCAUAUCAAGAGGUGUGAGCGAGCAGUUUAGAGCCACCAAAAAUUUAUUUUUACCCCUCCUGGUAGUAUAA